CGCCGCUACGCGAGGCCGGGGAUUGGCAGCGCGCGUAGGCCGCGCUGCCGCGGAUGGAGUCGGAAUAAAGGGGCGGCUGAGAGAGCAGCCAGUCGCCACUCGCCCCGCGCCUGACCCCGCGGGCGGCCCGGAGCAGAACAGUUAGAGGCCAGGCUGGCUUGUGAAGGCAUCCCCUUCCUUCUCUUUUCAUCCGGAGAAAACUUACAAACUUUUCAAUGUUAGAAGCAGAGGAGCUGGGAACCUGAAAGCGGGUUGCAUCUGAUUCUAAAAGUUCCUCCCUCUCGCUGUCAUUACCUUAUGCUGCCACAAAGUGAGCCUCCCUGCCACUCCUGGCACCCUGCCCGAAGACCCCCGUCCUGUAGGCACAGCCUUGUAGUCUGUCUUGGUGAAUGACUUGGACUGCCUGACCAGUCCCGCUCCGUGCCUUGUCCGAGUCCUCGUCCAUCCCUGAUCCUGCGCAGCUUCUCUCUCUGGUGUGGGUCACCUUAAGCAGGGAAACUGAAGCCAUUACUCUCCAAACCCUGUUUCAUCUUCCCAAGCAUGUCGGAGAGCUGGCAGCAGCCGCCGCAGACGCAGCCGCAGCAGCCUCAGCCCCCACAGCCGCAGCACCAUGCUGAACCCCCACCGGCCCUGGCGGAGCACACGCUGCCUCCAGGCACGGCUGAGAACCCCCUGGGCUGCGCGGUCUAUGGCAUCCUCCUGCAGCCUGAGCCGGGCCUGCAGCCCCCGCAGCACGUGCCCUUGCAGGCCGCGGGGGAGCCGGGCCCCAAGUGUGGCGUGUGUGGUCACGACCUGGCGCACCUGUCCAGCCCACAUGAGCACCAGUGUCUGGCGGGCCAUGACCGCUCCUUCCAGUGCACGCAGUGUCUUAAAAUCUUCCACCAGGCUACCGACCUGCUGGAGCACCAGUGCGUGCAGGCCGAGCAGAAACCUUUCGUCUGCGGCGUCUGCAAGAUGGGCUUCUCGCUGCUCACGUCGCUGGCGCAGCACCACAGCGCCCACAGCAGCGCCGGGGGCCUUGUGAAAUGUUCCAUCUGCGAGAAGACCUACAAGCCCGCCGAGGCGGCCGAGCCCGAGGCCACCGCCGCCCCCUCCCUGCCCCCGGCACCCCCGCCUCCGCCCGCCGUGGCCCCGGCGGAGUCGGCCGACAAGCCCUACAGCUGCCCCAUCUGCCAGAAGCCCUUCAAGCACCUGUCGGAGCUCUCGCGGCACGAGCGCAUCCACACGGGCGAGAAGCCCUACAAGUGCACGCUGUGCGACAAGAGCUUCAGCCAGUCGUCGCACCUGGUGCACCACAAGCGCACGCACAGCUCGGAGCGGCCGUACAAGUGCGCGGUGUGCGAGAAGACCUUCAAGCACCGCUCGCACCUCGUGCGCCACAUGUACGCGCAUUCGGGCGAGCACCACCUGUUCCGCUGCAACGUGUGCGAGCUGCACUUCAAGGAGUCGUCCGAGCUGCUGCAGCACCCAUGCACGCCCAGCGGGGAGCGGCCCUUCCGCUGCGGCGAGUGCCAGAAGGCCUUCAAGCGGCCGUCGGACCUGCGGCAGCACGAGCGCACGCACAGCGCCGAGCGGCCCUUCAAGUGCGACCUGUGCCCCAUGGGCUUCAAGCAGCAGUACGCGCUCAUGCGGCACCGGCGCACGCACAAGGCGGAGGAGCCCUUCAAGUGCGGCCUGUGUGAGAAGGGCUUCGGGCAGCCCAGCCACCUACUCUACCACCAGCAUGUGCACACCCUCGAGACCCUCUUCAAGUGCCCCGUGUGCCAGAAGGGCUUCGACCAGUCGGCCGAGCUGCUGCGGCACAAGUGCCUGCCGGGUGCGGCCGAGCGGCCCUUCAAGUGCCCCGUGUGCCACAAGGCCUACAAGCGGGCCUCGGCCCUGCAGAAGCACCAGCUGGCCCACUGCUCGGCGGCCGAGAAGCCCCUGCGCUGCACCCUGUGCGAGCGCCGCUUCUUCUCGUCCUCCGAGUUCGUGCAGCACCGCUGCGACCCGGCCCGCGAGAAGCCGCUCAAGUGCCCGGACUGCGACAAGCGCUUCAAGUACGCCUCCGACCUGCAGCGGCACCGGAGGGUGCACACGGGCGAGAAGCCCUACAAGUGUCCCAACUGCGACAAGGCCUUCAAGCAGCGCGAGCACCUCAACAAGCACCAGGGCGUGCACGCCCGCGAGCAGCAGUUCAAGUGCGUGUGGUGCGGCGAGCGCUUCCUGGACGUGGCCCUGCUACAGGAGCACAGUGCGCAGCACAGCGCCGCGGCCGCCGCGGCCGAGGGCGCCUACCAGGUAGCCGCCUGCCUGCCCUGAGUCCCGGCUGCGGCCCCGGCCCGCCCGGCCCGGCCCCCUCGCGCCCACCCCCGGACCUGGCCCUGGGCGUGAGGAUGAAAGGGCACCCGGGCAGGUGGAGGGUGUGGGUGCCUGGCACCCCUGGUACCGGCCCGGAGGAGGUGGGGGUGGGGGGCAGAUGGCCGUGGCUGGUCUUGAUCCUGCAAACCUCUUUCCCCUUACAGGAUUCGCUCUCUUGAGAGACCUCAGCCUCCCUUUUCUCAAUGGAACCAGGCUGGAAGUCGAACUGGCCUCUCUCCACCCCAAGGAGGGGGUGGUGCUAGCCCAACCUUCUCAAACCUUUCAGCCUCCCUAGAGAAAGCAGAUAGGUUAGGAAAGAGGAGGGUCACGGGAGGGCCUGGGCGCAGGGUGGCCCCCUUCAGGUUGCUGUUUGAGGGGGAAGGCUAACUCCAGGAGGGAAUCCUGGGGCCAGGAGGGCAACCUGUGAGCCUCAGGCCCCUCUGUCCACUUCAGCUAGGGGCAGCACACCCUCCAGGGCUCUGACAGGCGAGACACAGCAGUGCUGCACACCUGUGGGCCGGGUCUGCUUGGAGAGCGAUUGGCCCAGCCGGAAGGGGGGAGGCAAAGAAGUUCUUCCAUGACACGCUCAGCUGGGGACAGCGCUGUCCCGGGGGAAGGAGGAAAGGCAGCCUUUGCAACGAGGGCUCAUCCCAGUGUUUUGGAAGCGCCCCUCCCACCUUUGAGGCAGAGUUCCAAGCGCAGGUGGGGAAUGUGCCCUCAGCCAGACAGAACUGCUGAUGUGAGAAAAGGGGAUUGUUAGACCCCCUGGUGCCCGGGAGGUGGAAGGGCCAAGCCCUUCAUCUUCCCAGUGGAUGGGAACAAGUGUCACUCGCUCACUCGAAUCAAAUCGUGUGAACCAAAGCCUCAAGGGCGUGGCCCUAAUCAACUCACCCCAGCCCUGCCUCAGGGCCAAGACCAUGCCUGGGUACCCGGGGUAGGGGAGGUGGAAGGACCGUGGGCAUGCCUCUGACCCCACAGCACCCUCCCAGCCCCCGGGCACCCUCCCCCAUCGGUCUGGCUGCUGGCCUGUACUCCAGGGGUCUUGUGCCGCCAAGAUGCUCUGGACAGCAUCCAGCUAUUUCCAAGACCAGAGUGCUCUCCCUCAGGUCCUUUUAGGGUCCCCCUAGGUCUCCGGCUACCCACAGGGCUCAUGGAGCCUUGGGUGUCCCGGAUAGGGAGUGGGCAGGGGAAGAGGGUUGUUAAGGAAACCAGUAGGUGGAUGGAGUCAGCUGUUACCACUUGAUGGCUGGGGAUCUUCUCAAGAAGGCCAGAAGAUCUUUACUGUCAAAAUCAUUCUUCUGAACCCAGCUCUGCCCCUGCCCUCUCCCUAGCCCCCUCCCAGGUUGUGGGUCUUAAAAGGAGACUUUAAUCAGUGCCCACCCCAAAAUCCCAGAGGAGCAGGGAGACCCGCCUUGUCCCACUGUCACCUUCAGAAAUCUGAGAAGCCCACGUCCACCUCCUCCUUCUGGUUUCCCUUCCGGUGCCCGCAGAGAGGGGCAGUCCUUCCCCUCGGUGCUGGCUUUAGUCACAAUGCCUCAAAAGACAUGGAACCCAGGCUGACAACAGUCCCAAGUGCUCAUUUUCUUUUUCUUUUCUUUCAUUUUGCUUUCUAAAAGCAGUUGUUAUACUAUUCAUAACAUUGUAUAGUUUAAUUUCAUGUCAUUUUGGAUCUUAUCUAAAAAUGUGAGGAUUUGAGUUUUUAAAAAGAACGACUCCAUUUUAGAUAGCCCCUUUUGAUGUUAAUAUAUAGUGAGUCCAAUGUAUGCUUUAGAAGUAAAGACAUUGACCUUCACAGACCAAA